GCCUUUCCCUGCCUCACACACAUACACCACACAAACCCAUUUAGUGUGGUGGACGCUCCAGCAGCUAGACUAUACUUUUUGCUUGCAAUCCAAAGACCCAAGGUCUGAUUUGUUUUUCCUCGUCUACUCUAAUCCUCCCCUUCUUCCCUCUUCUUCCUCCUCCUCUCGCAGACCUCUUUCCUCCUCCCUCUUUCCUCCUCCUCUUCACUUUCCUUUCAGCCGCCAUGUCUGCAGUCGACAAGUGCCCCUUCUUCAAAUGCCCCGCCUUCCAGCUCCAGGACGGCGGUGGCCCCGUCAUCACCACCAUCAAGACGGUCUGGAAGCACGCUGGCCUCCCCAACCCUCCCAAGCAGUUUGUCGAGUGGAUCCCGGGCCAGACCCCCCUCUCGACCAACAAGACUGUCCUCGUCGCCGUCGUGACCUACCUCGCCGUCAUCUUUGGCGGCCGCGAGCUCAUGCGUAACCGCCAGCCUUUCAAGCUCAAGUUCCUCUUCCAGCUCCACAACGUCUUCCUUUCGUCCGGCUCGCUCCUCCUCCUCGCCCUCAUCCUUGAGCAGAUCGUCCCCCUUUACUGGAAGCACGGUUUCUACUGGUCCAUUUGCAACCCCGCUGCCUUCACCAAGACUCUGACGACCUACUACAUCAUCAACUACUACUUCAAGUACAUUGAGCUCAUUGACACUGUCUUCCUUGUCCUCAAGAAGAAGCCCCUCGCCUUCCUCCACGUCUUCCACCACUCGGCUACCGCUGUCCUCUGCUACACUCAGCUCGAGGGCGAGACGUCGGUUCAAUGGGUUGUCAUCGGCCUCAACCUCUGGGUCCACGUUAUCAUGUACUACUACUACUACGCUACCGCCGGUGGUGCCAAGAUCUGGUGGAAGAAGUACCUCACCACCCUCCAGAUCACCCAGUUCGUCAUUGACCUCUUCAUUGUCUACUACUGCACCACCAACCACUUCUUCUUCAAGUGGGGCAUCAACCUCCCCUGGGUCACCGACUGCACUGGCGGUGAGGGAGCUGCCGUCUUCGGCUGUGGUCUCCUCACCAGCUACCUCUUCCUCUUCAUUGCCUUCUACCGCAACACCUACAAGAAGGGUGCUGCCGCCAAGGCCGCUAAGGCCGGUGCCGCCAAGUCGAAGUAAGCCGCUUACUCUCGCCGGUGCGGUAGCUGCCGCUGCAGCCCGGCUUGCAGAGAAGCGCGGAACGCGGUGGAUAUGAUUCUGGCUAGCCAGAACCUUUACCUCGCGCGCGGCGUCUCAAGGCCACCAUAUAGAAUGGCUGCGAGCCGUGUGCGUGGAGGUCUGCACAUCUUUCUUCCCUCCCUCCUCCCUCUACCCCAUUCUCACUCCCCCCAUCCCGUUACGCGGCCUAAGAUCCUCUCAACAUCUUCUCUCCCACCAAGGCUCUUAGACGAACGUAUCGUUAACGCAUCCAUACCCACGUUAUUAGGAACGAUGCAACACUGC